CAGGGGGAAGUCCCGCCUCCCGUCGACUUGGAGCGUGAGUGAAGAAGAAGCGUGAGAAGUGCGGCUCCAGCCCAGCAACAUGGAGACGGAGCUGUUUAUGGAGUGUGAGGAGGAGGAGCUGGAGCCAUGGCAACAGGUGGACGACAGCGUGGAGGAAGACGAGAUGGACUUCGUGGACAACUAUGGACAACCAGUGGAGGAUCCUCCAGCUCUUCAAGCCUCAGAGACUCCACCCCCCAGACCUCCACCCAUCACAUCUUCAGCUUCUCCUCUUCGUCUGGUGUCAUCAGUGAUGAUUCCUCCUCCUCCCCCCGUGGUCACCUCCUCCCUUCCCCCUGUCCCAUGCCUCCCCACCUCCUCCAAUCCAGCUGUCUCAGCCCCCCCCCUGGUGACUCAGGGCCCACCCCUCAUCCUGACGCAGACAGCUGCUGGGACGUUUCUCCUCCCAGCACACCCCAGGACAGGAAGUGCCCAGCCCAUUCUCCUCACCACGCAGACGAAUGUGGAACGUUUCAGAUUUGAAGAUGACAGAGGUCGGACGUUUGAAAGCAGAGGAGAGAUGGUGAUGUGUGGAGGAUGUGGAGGAAAAUACUUCAGGAUCGUUUCACACCUGAAGAAAAGCCGGACGUGUUCUUCACACCUCGACCUGGACACGUUUGAGAAACAGUUAAUUCUGUACAACAGGAAAAGAAAGAGGAAGUCUGACACCAAGGGCUUCCCAGUGCAGACGGUGGUGAACCCUGGUACACCCCUGCUCCUGAACCUGCAGCCGGGUCAGACAGUCCAGCCACUCACCCUGAUCCAGUCCUCGUCAUUGGGUCAGCUGGUACGACCAAGAGUGGGUGUGUCCCUAGUCCAUCCCCAGGGUCAGACUGUCCAGACCAGAGCCAGCCCUGCCCCCUCGGGGGGUCCCACUCAGUCUGGCUCCACCUUCAGCGCCAUGCAGCUACCUGCCACACUGACCAUCCACACCAGCACGCCAGGACCAAUUAACUUCCAGAUGACCCAACUGGUUGGGGCCAACACCUUGAAGCUGGCAGGGAGUCCCGCCCUUCCCUCUAGUCCAGCCAAUGGAGUCACCAGACUCACUGUGAUCAGCAGCACUACGAGUGGACCAAUAAUCAAUACCGCUUCUCGUCCCAGCCCUAUUUUCGUUACAACUCCCAGCAUGACCACAGCACCAUCCGCCGACCCCCACAGGGUGGUGAUGAGUGUGGAGGAGUUCUACUAUGGGACGUUUGAAGGUGACCUUCGUCUGAGGAGACCACAACCCCUGGGAAUCCAAACCUCCACCUUCACCUGUCAGAUCUGCACACACCUCGCCGACAACAACCUGAGGUUGAUGCAGCACAUGCUCCAGCACUCUGAGCUAAUUGGAGUCAGUGCUGCUGAUGCAAGGAAGUUCUGCAGGUUCUGUUACCGGCAGUUCUCAUCUCCAGCCCAGCUGCAGACCCACCAGGAUCAGGUGCACGGCUCCCUCUCCUCCCCCAGCAUGUGUCGUAUAUGUGAGUGGGCGUUUGAGAACGAACCGGCCUUCUUGAACCACAUGAAGUCCAACCACAAGCCAGGAGAGAUGCCCUACACCUGCCAGGUUUGUUCGUAUCGCUCCUCCUUCUAUUCCGAUGUCCUACAGCACUUCGCCAGCUUCCACAGAGACUCUCGCUUCCUGCUCUGCGUCUUCUGUCUGAAGGUGACCACAAACCCCAUCAACUACCAGCAGCACCUGCUGAGACACCAGAUCAACCAGGCCUUCCACUGUAACAGGUGUCGUCUUCAGUUUGUCCUCCUCAAAGACAAAAUGCAACACAAACUCGAAAACCACCGGAGCUUUCGUCGACCUGCUCAGCUGGAAGGACUGCCACCGGGGUCAAAGGUGACCAUCAGGACGUACGUGAAGUUCAGGCCUCCGAUGUCCUCAGCUGGUGGGCGGCUCCUCCAGACCCCCCCCCCCCCUCGUCCAGCCAAUUCACAUCAAGACAGAGCCGCAGAGAUCUCCAAUCCAGAGCAGCCCUGCUCUCUCCAGGUCCCGAUGUCCAAUCAAGAGAGCAGUCAACCGCCGAGUCCACAGUGUCUGACGUCAUCGUGUGACGGAGACAGGUUGGUGUGUUUGGAGUGUGGAACGGAUGCCUCUGAUUUGUCGGCUCACUACCCGACACACGUGCACUGUCUGCUGUGUCCGUACAGCAGCUGCUGCUCCAGAGCCUACGCUGCUCACAUGAUACAUCACCACGUUCCGCGCUCCAAAGACAAAGUUGUUCUUCUGCACAGACUUCCUCCUCCAAGUCCGUUCCUGCUGCAGUGCUCCCGCUGCGACUUCAGGCCUCAGAACGCCGACCACAUGGCCGACCACCUGCUGAAGAACCCGGAGCACCACAGCGCCACGUGUCGCAUCAGGAGUAAGACGACACACACUGAGACGUCAACACAACACGAGGAGUCACUGCAACAACAAACCAUUAUUUUAACAACAGUUUUAUACAAAGCCAACAUCAGAAACAGAGAAAAAAUAAAAUCAACUGAAACAAAUGGACUUGAACAUUUAUUUUAUUUUAUAAGAAAGUGCAGAGGAUCUGAAAGCAGCUUUGGUCUCCACCGUGUCACGUAUGUGGAAUCUGACAUCCAGUUCUGCUAUGAUGGAGAGCAGUGUUCUUCAGGAGAGCAGGACCCAGACCAGAAGGACUUGCCUGAUCCAUCCUGGAGGGCAGCAGCUUCUUGGAAGCAGCCAGUCGAGAGCGACAGCACCAAGUCUCCCAUUGCAGCCUUCAUGGAGAGCAGUGGGCCUCAUCACCACCUGACCAAGAACAGCGAUGCCAUUGACUUCUUCAACCUCCUCUUCCCUGCAGCAAUAGUGGAACUGAUCACCAACGAGACCAAUGCCCAUGCUAAGACCUGCCAGUUCCUGGGUUCCUUCUAUCCAAAGUGGGUACCUGUCACCACGCAGGAAAUCAAAGGUUUCAUCGGCUUGGUCGUUUUGAUGGGGGUUCAGAACCUGCCCGACCCAUCACACUACUGGUCCUGGAGUCACUACGACAACAGCUACACCUUCUACCGAGCCAUGAGUUUCAAACGCUUCAAGCAGAUUGCUGAAAACAUCCGCAUGGGCAGCUUCGCCAUAGAUGAGUAUCGCGGCACCAAUAACCCCAGCGACUCUCUGCACAUCUUCAGGCCAAUGCUUGAUAUCCUGGGUGGAGCUAUGUGGAACACUUACCGACCAAACUGCAGCCUGACCAUCGACAGGGCGCUGCUGCCAAGCCUGGAGGAGGAGAGCUGCCAAGUUAAAAGGAAUCCAAAGACCCAGCCUCAGGUGUGGCUGCUCUGUGAUUCCAAGUCAGGCUACUGCCACCGUUUCUUCAUCCAAGUGGGGGAGAAGGCGGGCAAGGAGCCAGGCUUCACCGUGGUGCCAGGCCUGGUGAAGGGUCUUGAGGACAAACACCAUCAGCUCUACCUGGCCAACUCCCUAACUUCUGUCCCACUCAUGCAAAAGCUUCUGAACCAGGGCAUCUACGCCUCCAGCUCCUUCCCUCCACCCAGCCCUAUCUUGCCCGCAGAACUGUGGGAGGAGGGUCAGGUGGGGAAACCUGGGGACUUCCUGCAAAGGCAGUUUGGCUCCCUACUGGCCACUCGCUGGAGGGACACCAAGGAGAUGGGUUGCCUGUCAACGAAUGCAGCUCCGGGUGAACCAGACACUGUUUGGAGGAGGUCUCAGACCAAAGUGGGUGGCUUGGACCCCAUCAAUCGCCCUCUGGCCUUUCGCCUUCUGCAGGAGAACAUGCGAGGGGUCGACAUCUGCAAGCAGCUGCUGGCCUGCAACCCGCUUGGAGGAAUCCCUCAGGACCGACACUGGCGCAGUCUCUUCUGGUUUCUGAUCAACCUGUGCAUCGUGAACUCCUUCAUCGUACUGCGAGAGAGUCGCAAGGAGAACCCACCUGCCUGGGUGCAAGAUGGCCUCUUUACUCAAGUCAACUUCCGCAAGCGUUUGGGGAACCAGCUCGCCAAGUGUGCCCAGAAAUACUUUGAGACCAUGGAGAUUGCUAGCUCCCGCGGAAUGAGAAUGGAGGUGGCCGAAGAAGUAGUUAAACAAAGACACAGAAUGGUAAAGAUCAGCGCCAUCUCCAAGAGGUGCAAGAACUGCAACUUGAAGAACAUUCGACAUGAGAGCGUGUACGGCUGCGUCAUCUGUAAAGCUAACCUGUGUAAGCACCCGAGCUGCUUCUGGGACUAUCAUGGUCUGUCCCCUCUGAACAAAGGUUCAACAAAAGUUGGAUUUCUCAAGGAUAGAAUAAGUGGAGCAGUGGAGGUGGACGAGGUCAAAGACAACAUGGACGCGGCGAUGGCCCCUGUGGAGGACUUUUCUGAUGAUGAGAGAGUGGAUGAUUUUGAUGACAUGGAUGUAGAAACUGAAGAUAUUAAGCAGGAAUUAAUCAAAGAAGUAAAACAUCCGGUGUCUGACUUGCAGUCCACAAUGAACUGCUCCGCCCAGCUAGCAAGCAACUUGUCCCCCUUGAAAGAGCGUGACGAUAGUCUCAGCGCCCGGCAACUGAGAGUUGCUCUGUUUGCUCUGUGUGACGGUCUCGGCCAGGCCUCCAGGGUCUUUUCUACUGAGACCAAGCUCAUCCAAACGUGGCUGAAGGAGGCCAAGAAGCGCCUGAGGCAACGUGAGCAGGAACAGAAUGUCCACGGUGAUGGUGGCAGUCGCCUGGUGGCCUGGGUGCUGUCCAUGCGUGAACAGCAGCUUCCGAUCACAGAGAGUAACCUCUUCCACAAAGUCUCCACACUGAAGAAGAAGGGAGGGUUCAGUGACUCCUUCCGCAUCUCAUAUGACUGGGCGGUGAGCUUCAUGCUGCAUCACCAGCUGGGCAUCCAGAACACCGGCACAGCCUCCAAACUACCUCGAACCCUGCCGUCUUCCCUGGAAGCCAAAGUCACGUCCUUCAGGAAGUUUACCCACAAGAUCAUCAAGGUCCACAAAUUGUCUGAAAGCACAGUUGCUGCGAUGGAUGAGUUAUGUCUUUUUGUGGAUUUAAGGUUAGUCCAGGACAAGUCACGCCGCUCAGAGGCUCUGGAACUAAUUGGGUCUUUACCUCUUGUAACUGUGUUCCUGGCAGCACUGGCAGAUGGUACCAUGCUGCCGUCUCUGGUGCUAGCAAACCGGCAGCUGGAAGAGAAAGUCCUGCCUGAGUUCAUCCUGCUGGAGGCUGGACCCGAGAGUCUCUUAGUAGAAGAAGCCCUUGAUCUUUGGACUAACAAGAUCUGGCAUCAGCAUGUUUGCAGUCGAGCUCAGCCCAGUAGAUCAAUCCUGGUCUUGGACCGACACCGGGAACACAUGGGCGACCAGUUUCUUACAUCCAUCAGUGGGUCAGGUACGCUCCCUGCAAUGAUUCCUGGAGGUUGUUCCUUCAGCCUUCAGCCUCUGGACAUUUGUGUGAAGCCGGUGCUGCAGCGCUUCAUGCUGCUGCGCUGGGCAAAGUUCAUUGAUGGAAAUCCAAAGGAGCUGGAGGAGACGUCACCCCAGCAGCUCCAAGCAAAUGUGGCCCAGCUACUGGUUGACUGGAUGGUCGAGGCCCUAAUGCACUUGAACAAACUCUCCCAGCUGUGGGGAAAUUCAUUUAGGCUGACAGGUCUUCUUCCGAAAGAGGAGGAGGGAGAAGAGACAAUGACAAGUCAAAAGCCAGAGGAGGUCCAACUUGAUCUCUUCAAGAGCCUGACUGAGACCAUUCUGGGUCCUGAAUCUCAGGAAACCACUUCAUCUGGUCUGCUGGAGCUGGAAGACGAAGAGGAUACCACGGAGGAACCAGAAGGAGUAGGACUGGAGACAUCAGAGGAGAAACAGGAGAGGAUUGAAAAGGUAGAGAGGGAGGUAAAGGACAGGAGAGAGAACAAGGAGACUGAGGUGAAAGAGCAUGGUCAACAAGAUAACUCGAGGAAGCAUAAGACGAUAGAGGAGGAUAGUGAGGAGGACGGAAGGGAGACAGAGGAAGACAGAAAGGAGGUGAAUAAGGAGAGACGAGAGACCAGGAUCGUGAUAGGAGAGGAAGUCGGAGAUGAGUGGAAGAUAAAGAGCAGGACAGAGGCUGUAGAGGCCGACGCUGACGACACGAUAGACAAAAGAUGAACAGCCGAUAAAGACAUGGAUGUAGAACUGUUAACACCGAGUCGUCCCUGAUGGUCUUUAUUUCAACUGGAGCCAAAAAAACAAGACAAGUGGACAUGUGGUGGACAUGUUGGUGGACAUGUGGUGGACAUGUGGUGGACAUGUUGGUGUGGGACAACCACCUCAGCUGACUGUGAGAUUCUGGGCUUUCAUUUAAAGAAACGCACAUCUCUUGGUGAAGACCUCACGCUCUGCUGCAGGUGCUGUGGACUUCAGGUGAACUUGUCCAGGGUUCAGAUCAGGUGGGAGACGGACAGGAUCUAACACUGAAACCUGAUUGGCUGAUUGAAAGACACUCAGUAGAUUAUCUGAAUUUACACCUGUCCUGACGUUGUAUAGGGACAUGGACGUUUCUCCUCCAGGUGAUGUAAACAUUUGCUCACGGACAUUUGAACUCAUCGGAUCAUGUUUGUUUCUCUGGACGUUGAAAAUCUUUCUGGAGACGAUCUGGUUUCAUUGAUCAAGCUCUGCCUCCAUAGCAACCUGUCAGCCAAUCAACGGCUGACAGGGGGGAACCGGUCGAGUCUGUGCUGGUUGUGACACUUGUUAUAAGUUACGUUUAUAAACAUCAGUUAAUGAUGCAUCCAAUAAUCGAUAAUGUGAAUAUUCAGACCCAUAAACAUGAAUAAAUAUAGGACCAUGAACAAGACAAAUUAAAUAAAGUUUAUCAAACUUAUUUUCCAGGAAGAGUUCUUGUUGCGACAUGAAUCUGAGUGUGAAUCCAGAUGUUCUGAACAACUUGGCCUGAUCCACUGACCUCAUCAUCCGGCAGCUGCAGGGGCGGAGCCAAAAAACUCAGACGUCGAUUUGUCAAACCCUCUAAUAAUUUAUGUUCCAGGUUGAAUCUCUGAAUUUCUCUGUUAUAAAAAAACAACCUUUACAUUUCAAUUGUUGUUGUUUUUUCUGUAAGAAAACUUCCACUGUUUGAUGACUCACCAUGCACUCAGAUGUUUACUCAUUCUCGUCCAAUCAGAAGUCUUUCUUUAAUUUUAACUUCCUCCUUGAGACUAAUUUCUGACAGUUGGUGACCUAAACUGUUUGAUUGGUCGGUUAAAUCCACAUGCGAAGGGUGAAGGAGAUUUGACCUGGUGAGACUUCAGAAAUAAAGAGAUUCAAGUCUUUUAA